GCUCCUUCUGGUUGCCAAUGCCGGUGAUUGCAGAGCAGUUCUCUGCCGGAAAGGGGAAGCCAUCGACAUGUCUCAAGAUCACCGGCCCAUUUAUCCUUCCGAAAAAAGGAGGGUCGAACAAUUGGGUGGAUACAUCGACGAUGGUUACCUUAACGGUGUGUUAUCGGUCUCACGAGCACUUGGUGACUGGGACAUGAAACUACCCUGUGGCUCUCGGUCUCCUCUCAUAUCAGAGCCAGAGUUCCGUCAAGUGGUUCUCACCGAGGAAGACGAGUUUCUUGUUAUUGGUUGCGACGGUAUUUGGGAUGUCAUGUCAAGUCAGCAUGCAGUGAGUCUCGUCAGGCGUGGACUGCGUCGGCAUGAUGACCCGGAACAGUGUGCCAAGGACCUUGUCAUGGAGGCAUUCCGCCGCAACACCUUUGACAACCUUACUGCGAUCAUUGUCUGCUUCUCGUCCCCUGAUCAUCGGGAACCCAUGUCGCCUGCAAGGCAACGAAGGCCGAGGUGCUGUAGCCUAUCUGUGGAUGCUUUGUGUAGCUUGAGAAACUUGCUGGAUGGGAAUGGCAAUUCUUGAAGGUAUAAAUCAGCGCGCUGUACAUUCUUCGUCCGGUAAAUUUAUGAAUUCUCAUUAGGAGGAUAGAGUUGACCGUUUACGGCUCUGCUUCAUUUGGAUGGUACCGGGCGAGAAGGUUGAGCACAUGCAAAUAAUAAGGAGCUUGCAGUUCUGUAGGUUUUGUUGUGGUUACUUAUCGAACUCUACAGGUUUUGAUAUUUUCUUGAACAGCAGGGUCAAGUGGAUUGGUGUAAAUAGAUUGGGUCUGCUGAUGUAAAAUGUUGUACUGUAUAUUUAUUUACACAAGUUUGCAAUGGCUUAUCCUCUAAUCUGGCCAAACGAUUUUCUGGCAGAAGGAAAAACGGCGAAUCAAUUUGAUUGAUAUCAUAUGUGACAAAGUGCUUUUCUUCUAUAUCCUAAACUUAUAUUAUUAUACUGUAACGGUUCAGUAUGCUGAAGUUGUGGGAUGUAAAAACAUUGGUGAGAAUGUCGCUUGAGUGACACAAACAUUGGUGAGAAUCCAAUGCCCAAAAUCUUUUGCUGCAAAUAAUCCAGAUUAUAGUGGUUGUGAUUUAUGUAAUGUUUAAGAGACAUGGGCGGGCGGGGCGAGCUUCAUGAUCAGCGACAGAGCGUAUUGGGCACCGAAAGAGAGGCCUAUAUAUCUACACCUUGGGAAUCUAGUGGGCAGGGCAACCAGCAAAUGACUCAGACUAGCAGCAUCCAUUUCGAAUGAAAUAAUAAUAAUAAUAAUUAAGAACAAAAGUGUCCAAUGAGGCGUGGAGGAACUCUCCUGAAAUUCGCUCCUUGAAUGGGCUAAAAGGUUGCUGGCUGCUGCUUUCCACACAUCUUCAGCAACUCUGCUUCACCAUAUAUAUAACUGGCGCCCGGCCUUGGCAGAUCUAGCAAUCGCAGCCCGCAACUUGCAAUCUCUAGCUCUAGAAUGGGCUAUAGCUGAUCAUGCAAAUCAGCCUUCAAGCGUAAGUGAGAUUCGAAUAUGCUCUAGUACAUCCACCGCCACCGAGCAGACAUUCAACUAUCAAGACCAUCCAUGGAGGCUAGCUCUUACAUGAUCACUUGCUAGCACAUAAUGCACCAUUUUUUCAUCAAUCCUGCUAGCUGUUAGCAGUCGAUGCAGGCACCAUCUUAUAUCUCAUAAUACAAAAGCAUAUAGUUUGUGCCAGAUUUGUCAUAUUGAAUAGUUUAGAACACAAAUGAUACUUUUUGGAGAGUUUGGGUUUCCUAGUGGAAUUAGCCCCAAAAAAACAAAGUAGUAGCUCAUAAAAUAUGACUACUCCCUGUCGAUCGCCAGCUAAUUGAUUAGGGGGUGAUGCACAUGGAGACCCCGCUCAAAUUUGAUUCAAAGUCGUUCAAAGGUUUGUCAUCUUCAUGUAAUGCCCCCUCCACACUGGCCAUGGUAUAUGUUUUAGUUUUUUUUUUAAUUAGAUACUACUUGAGUGAUUCGAAUUUGAGAGCUCAAAUUUAAGAACAACUAGCAUUACCACUGAACCAAAUCCCGUUAAAUAUAAUUAUUAACAUACUAAUAUAACCAGUUCUUUAUGGUUUUCAUCUAAGGGGUGACAUGGAACCCCACGUAGCUCCGCUAUGAUAUCAUGUAAAAGAAUGAAUCUAAGAACAAAGGAACACACAUGCUUUCGUCAAUAACACUAGUCUACAUAGAGAAUCUUCCUCGCAUGCAUGUUUUAGUUCCUCUUAUUCGUUAAUCGUUAUGUAUCACUAAUUUACAACGAUAUAUAUAUAUAUAUAUAUAUAGUUGGCUAUACCAAACCCUAUAUAGAAGUCAGGUGACUAUUUAAAAUUUGGUACCUGUAACACCAGUUGAAUCAUCUACCUUCAUUUUUUGUUGUUGUUUUGGCAAUGGUGAAAAUAUAGAUAAAAAUGAUGA